GAAAACGAAACCGGUCACAAAAAAAGUAGUAGCCUCAAGAUCAGGAUCACAAAUGUUACCAAACAAAACCAGACAUGGCGGCAGGAGGGCGGCGGGAGGCAUUAGCACUCUACAAGGCAUUGUUGAGAGAGAGCGGAAAGUUUACAUCAUAUAAUUACAGAGAGUACGCCCUGCGAAGAGUUCGUGAUGGUUUCAGGAAAGCAAAAUCUCUUACAACAGAAGCAGACCAAAAACGAGAAUUGGAGAUGGCCAAGGAAUCUUUACAAGUCAUAAAAAGACAAGUUGUUUUAGGAAACCUGUACAGAUCUCCAACCCUGGUCAUUGAAAAGUAGAUGACAAGCACCUACAACAGCCAGGAUUUAUUUAAUGGUGGGUGUUCAGAAAGUCAGUGUGUGAUGGGGAAUGUUGUGGUUUGUGAAAUUACCUGGUCUGGGAUGGGUGAGAUCCAUCUGCAGCAAUUAUGACACCUAUGAUAUUACAAUCCCCCUCUUUGCUGUGACUUCCAGAACACUGUAUGCUGCAAUAAUGUAAAUGAAAUGACUGCUCACAGACUGAGUUAAUGAUUAGUUCAGGACUUCAUUUGUGUAAUGUUAUGUAUUUUCCAGUGCAGUCAUUGCCUGUAACCUUGUUAUCAGGGUCUGAUGUAAACACUGGGAUGUCUACCUAAUUUUGUUCUUUAACAUAUAAAGUAUAUUCAUUCUGAUAAUGUAAUGAUAAUUUUUGCAUGAUUUGUCAGUAUGUAAUUAAUUAAUUCUCUUAGUCCAAUACAUAAUAUGAAUAGUUUUCUCACAUUAGCAUGAUGCUGCUGCCUGUAUAUGGACACCUUGGUUAUUAUGAAUUUAAUCUUCAUGUUGUAAUUGGAAUACAACCAAUAGAAUGUUUAUUGUUGAAAUUUUCUGAAAGAUGUUUAAAGAAAUGAUUUGUACAGAUUGGAAAACAGAUUAUAAAAAAUGUUAAGCUAAUGAUGUUACAACUUCUGUAUGUAGAUAUUAAAACUAGUAUUGUCCAUUGUGUAAAUACUGAACUUGUAAACAUAAACCUCUAUGAGACAGUGCACAAAAAAGCAUACUUGAUUUUCACAAACACUAUUCUGUAGGCCCAAGAUGAUCCUAAGAUUGUGGACAAUGUUUAUGUCUAACACGUUUCCUGGUAUUCAGACAAAAAACAAGUAUAAUAAUCAUAUUUGCAUUUAUUACUAUCUCAGUCCAAAAGAACAUACCACAUAGGUGUCAUCUAUCUUCCCCAAAAUUUUCUCGGAUUUAUCGAGUGCUGCAGUCAACAUCAGCUGUCUGUGAGGGCCUUGCAACACCAAACACUGGUGAAGCACACAGCUAAGCAAAGAAACAUCAGGAAUAUCAGAACACCUCAAAAACUAAAUUGGUUAACUUGACGAACUCUAUCCACUCGUCAUUUUCUAGAAGUGACUUUUUUUUUUUUUUUUUUUUUUACGUGGAAGGAAAAGUUAAAAAAAAAAGUGCUAUUCACCUGCUUCUCAAAAUAUUUCUCAUAAAUGUACCUGUAUAUCAUCAAAAUUUUCUCAUUAGUGCAAUUUAUAUAGAGUUUUGACUUCAUGAUAACAAUGACUAGCUAUUAAUAGUAUUGUUUUAGUUCAUAUCUGUAAAUGCUUAUGAUCUGCUUUUACACUAGAAGUAUAUAGUAGGAAUGCAGCACUUCUUGAUGUUUCUCCUGUACAGCCUUUGAAGCACUUGGGUAAGAUGUCAAAAGUAAUCCACAUGAUUGUUAUUACCAGGUGGAAGACGCUGCAUUGGGGUGCAUAUUUCUCAGGGUGUGAGUGGCAUGGAUAGCAUCAGGCUCACUCAUAGAUAUAUUCCAUCUCAUCCAUAACUAUGCACUGUUUGUAACCUGUAUUUAGUUACCAGAGAGCAUUAAUAUGGAUUCUGUGGCCACAGUUUAUCCUAAUUUUGAAAGCUGUCUGAUGGCUCUCACAAAGUUCAUGCGUCAUCAGUGCCGUUAAUGCUUGUAUUUCAUUGCUUCUUAUUUAUUUAAAACAUCCCCCAACGCAAUAUCAUGUCACGCCAACUAUUUUUCUUUGAAUGUAAAUAAUGCACAUUUAUACAUGAAUAAAAGCAUUUUGUACUUAAA